AUGGUACGGAGCGGAUCAAACUUCGCAUCCGUUGUUCGUGCGAUUCAGGCUAGUGGUAUUCUGAGUGAUGUGCGCCAGGAGAAGUACGAGCGCUUCCAAGAGGACUUUUCAUACGAGCCCGAUAUUGAGAAAGACCCGCACGAUCGACUAGGAAGUCUUAACCCAGAUGGAAGCACGCCCCCGGGACACAAUGUCUUUGCGUUUUGGUUGCCCCACGGUCUUACCAAUGAUCACGACGUCCGUAUUGAACGACUUUCCCGCUCCACUCAAUGUGCGCACGAUAUCGAAGACGCAUUUAGAUAA